CUUUCCCACGCUCCCUGUGCCGUCAGCCAGCUAAAUAGGAGCGCCAAGCGCCCCCAGUGUCGCACUCGACGCCCGUUCCUCCUCAGGCAAACACUUCGUCCAAGAGAGCAGUGAUGAAGGCCGUUUGUAUCGUGGCCUUGUUCGCCGCACUGUGCGUCGCUCCCUUCCGAGCUGAACGGCCACCGCCCGAAGUGCUGCGUCCUCUGCCCCGCCCCGGCCAUGAGGGCGUGCGCACUCUGCCGGCUCUUUUGCCUGACGACCUGAGGCAGACGAGACCUGCUCGACCAGACGUUCCGCCCUUCCAGCGCCCACAGAUCCAGCCCCGACACCCUUCUUUUAUCAAGCAGACGAAGCCUCUUCCCCGUCCGGUGGGAGUUGAAACUCUACCAGCAGAACUCCCAGAGGAUUUCAGGCAGACAAGACCCUUUGCUCGUCCAACAGGAGUAAACACACUUCCUGCUGACCUUCCUGAGGAUCUUCGAGGCUCAAGGAAGCAGACAAGGCCUUUUGUCCGCCCCGACGUCCCAUCCUUCCAGCGCCCUCAGAUCCAGCCCCGACACCCGUCCUUUCUCAUGCAGACGAAACCACUGCCUCGUCCUCUCAGAGUGGCAACUCUGCCAGCAGAACUCCCAGAGGAUUUCAGGCAGACAAGACCCUUUGCUCGCCCAGUCGGAGUAAAUACACUUCCUGUUGACCUUCCUGAGGAUUUUCAAGCUUCAAGGACGCAGACAAGGCCUUUUGUCCGCCCCGACGUCCCUUCUUUCCAGCGACCUCAAAUCCAGCCCCGACACCCGUCCUUUCUCAUGCAGACGAAGCCUCUUCCCCGUCCAGUGGGAGUUGAAACUCUGCCAGCAGAAUUGCCAGAGGAUUUCAGGCAGACAAGACCCUUUUCUCGUCCAGCCGGAGUAAACACACUUCCUGCUGACCUUCCUGAGGAUCUUCGAGGCUCAAGGCAGCAGACAAGGCCUUUUGUCCGCCCAGACGUCCCUUCCUUCCAGCGACCUCAGAUCCAGCCCCAACACCCAUCUUUCACCAAGCAAACGAAGCCUCUGCCUCGUCCGGUAGAACUUCCGGGGGAUCUCAAGCAGACAAGGCCCUUUGCUCGUCCUCCAGUCCCAUCUCUCCAGCGCCCUAAUCCUUGGUCUCUCCAUGUGCCUCAGGGCGAAGCCGAGAUCUGCCAGAGCUGCGAGCGACUGCCCUUCGUUCGCCGAGGAGCCUGUUGCAAGCGGUGGAACCUCUGCUGUUGAGGAACUUCGGGGCUGCAGGGCGACAGAUGACAUCCUGUGACUCUUAUUAUUGUCAAUUUUGAUGACUGUUUGGCUUUUUCAUUUAUUGAUUAGGUGGAUAAUCAUAGUGUCACUACCCACAGAUUAUGUAACAUAAACAGAACGAGUCUUUUCAGUAAUCAAUAUGAGUGUUUGUGACGCCAAACAUUUGGGAAUAUGCUACAUGAAAUCAUUUCAGCAUAAUACACACAAAUAUAAUAUUUUAAAAUCUUA